ACUACCUUUUAAAAAAAAUUUCUGUAAAUGACUACCUCUUUUAAAAAAAAUGUUGUAAAUAACUACCACUUGCCAGAAUCUGGCUGUUGACUCACUUUUCCGGCGUUGACCACCUACGUGACGGUCUUUUCUCGUUUUCGACCACCCCCACCCCGUACUCCUCCCUUUCUAGCUUUCGACCACCCCUACCCCCUCGCCGUCACCUCCCCCUCCCUUGUCCAGUUUUCGACUACCCUUACACAAUUCCGAUUGCCACGCUUGUUGCCCCUCUGCCUCCCUUUUCCAAUUUCCGGCCAUCCCCCACCCCCUGCAGCGCUCUUUUUCCCUAGCCUCCUCACCCCUUCUUAAGAAAAUGGAGGAAAAUUCAUCAUUGAUGUUGGAGCAUCGGUGUGAUCGUCAAAAACUACUUGAAUUCAUAAUUUCUUCCUCAAAUCUAAUCAAACAAGUUCGUACUUCUUCUGGUCCGACACUCUCUCUUUCCAACAUCAACCUUGAUACUCUCAAUGCUGAUUAUGUCCUCAAUUGCGUCAACUCUGGUGGUGUUUCGGAUGUUGCUGAAGCGACUAAUAGUUAUUAUCAUGAGUUGGAGUACCCCCACUUCCAUUAUUUCCGGCAGCCCUUUCCUUGCAAACCUCCCUUUUACUGCUCAUCAUUUCCCCCGAACACCUCGAAACCCUUCCCCUUUCCCUCAAUUCUUGAUUUUCAGCCACCCCUCAAAUAAAUUAUCAAUUUCCGGCCAAAUUUCAUCCCACCCACGCACAUCUCACCCUUGAAAUCCCACCCACCCUCCUUUGACCCCCUCAAAAACCAGAACUCUUCCCUUCCUUUCCUCAAUUGAGGAAAUUAUUGAUGUUGCUGUUUGAGGGUCGCGAAAUUGCGGAGCGAUUGAGGGCUUGUGUUGGAUUCGACGGGGUGGAGGCGGUUUCAAGUGGGGUUGGGUUGGUUUUAGGAUAUGUGAGGGCGGUUGUAAGGGAGUUUUGAGGUGGAUUGAGGUGUUGUGGUGGUGGGGCGGUGGUGAAGAUGGCGGCAAUGCUGGUGGUGCAUGCAUGGGAAAAAAGAAAAAAAAAAUUAAAGGUCAUGUGACCGGCACGUGGGUGGUCAACGCCGGAAAAGUGAGUCAACGGCCAGAUUCCGGCAAGUGGUAGUCAUUUACAACAUUUUUUUAUAAAAGAGGUAGUCAUUUAUAAUAAUUGUUUUAAAAGGUAGUUUUUCACAAAAAGUUGUAUAUAAAAGGUAGUUUUUCACAAAAAUCCUUUUAAUUAAAGUGUUUUUCAUCUUUAUCCUUCCUUGAAUCCCCUCCUUGUUUUUCUUUCUUUAUUUUCACAUUCCUAAUUUCUCUCAUUUAUCUCCUUUGUGGCGGUUGUGUCUCUUACAAUUAGUGUGUGAUCCCCGAAUUUGGUAAUUUCUAAUUUAUUGUAAUUAUAUAUUAGAUGAUAUCAUGUGGUUUAAUUCGAUUAUUAAUAUUGUAGUAGUGCGCGGUUCCCCAAUUAUU